GUGAGUGUCAACCUAAAAAGAAUGUUGAAAACAAAUGAGCCAUUUGCUAGUAAGUCAAGUAUCCCAGGUAUUUAUGCAGAAGACAAUGUUACGGGCUAUGGACAAGUUGUAAAAUGAACAUAACACUGGCGAAUCACAUUAAAUGGUUCAGCAUAUGAAUUGGUUCAGUGGAUAAGGUGUUGGGGUGAGGUUAAUGGAUUCGUCUCCAAGAAUGUGGUGUUCUACACAGA